CGUCAGGGUCACCCCGGGGGUUGCUGGCACGCGGGGCCAAUGCUGUCUCUGGUUUUUAGACCAAGGCCUGAAAAAUCUCUUUUACAACUCUUGCAGUGAGCCGGGCCCGGGGCACAGCCAGUGCCCUGAGGCGCAGCAAGAGGAGGAAGAGCAUCGCCAUUGCCUACGAAUCUGGGCAGGGGGAUGGUGCCGAGCAGGGGACAUCUGAGCCCCAGAGACCGCGCUGGGAGCCCAGGGACUGGCGGCAGCAGCUGGAGCACAUCCGGGAGAUGAGGAGGAAGAGAGAUGCUCCCGUCGAUGAGAUGGGAGUGGAGAAGUGUUAUGACAGCAGUGCACCUCCGCAGGUUAUGCGCUACCAAGUUCUGCUGUCGCUGAUGCUCUCCAGCCAGACCAAGGACCAGGUGACAUCGGCUGCCAUGCUGCGCCUGAGGCAGCACGGCCUCACAGUUGACAGGAUUUUGCAGAUGGACGAUGUGACGCUUGGGCAGAUCAUUUACCCUGUAGGAUUCUGGAGGAACAAGGUGAAGUACAUAAAGCAGACAACAGCCAUCCUGAAACAGAAAUACGGGGGUGACAUACCGAGAACUGUGGAGGAGCUGGUGCAGCUACCAGGAGUUGGACCCAAAAUGGCCCACUUGGCCAUGAACAUUGCCUGGGACAGCGUGUCCGGGAUAGCUGUGGACACCCAUGUGCACAGGAUCACCAACAGGCUGAAGUGGGUGAAGAAGGAGACCAGAUACCCUGAGGAAACUCGUGCAGCACUGGAGGACUGGCUGCCCAGGGAUCUCUGGAGGGAGAUAAACUGGCUCUUGGUGGGCUUUGGCCAGCAGACCUGCCUUCCUGUGAAUCCUCGCUGCAAUGAGUGCCUCAAUCAAGACAUUUGCCCAGCUGCUAAGAGACGCUGAGGGAUCACCCAGUCUUGGUAGAGCAACUAAGCUGCUUUGGCUCAGCCGCAGCCCAGAGCUGAGCCUGGUAAAGCUGUUCUUUGCAUUGGGCUGGCUGUGUGACUGCAGGGAAAUGGGAGUCUGCUGUAACCAGCUCAGCAUCUCUGGGCCUCAGCUGAGAUCUCCAGAGGAAAAAGGGUCUUUCAAAGCACAGCAGUCCUGCUGCGUCAGUGCCAAAGGUGCCAGCCCCUGUGUGAAUGCUGGAGCAUGCCCCGGCAGAGUUGCAGGCUGUGCCACGGUGGGAGAAAUGCUUUGUCCUAAGGGACUUGCUGCUGCUUGUAAAGACACAUUUAAUAAAGGUGGGGGGGUGUGGGUUUUUUCCACCUGUGAGGUUUACUGGCAUCUGUGCAACAGAGGGCAGUGGGGAGGAGAGCAUGGGUGACCUCACCCGAGCAGGAGGCCAUAGCAACCAGCCCUGCCAGCCUAGAGCAGGCAGCAGCAACCUGCCAGGCUGCCCACCUCACUGCCCGCAAGGGGCUCUGCUGUCAGUAAUGCACAACAAGCCUUCCCGAGCCAGAUCAGAGGCGGCCACCACCUGGAGAAGUGACCUUUGGGUCCUGGGAGCAGAAGAGCAGGGGGUGAUGUAGAAGAGACAAGCCAGCGUCGCGCUUGGUUCUUGGUGUGCUGGCAAGGGUUACAGUAGCCACGGGAGCCAGGCUGGUGUGAGCCUCAGAAGCUGACAGAAGGGACAUCACCACCGUCUGUGUUUUGUUCUUCAAAGAAAGGGCAGUGCUGACUUCACUGUAGGGCUUCAAAGGAAUGAUUUCAGCUACUCUUUAAACAGGCAAGGGAGGAAGCAAAGUUUAUAAUGUGCUAAAGGCGGCUCUAAUUCCGCUCUGAAGUUCCCCACCAAACAGAUGAGGAACGAGCAAAUAAGUACUUGGUACAUGGGAAAACAAAGUUUAUUACUGACAUUACAGUGUACAUUAUGUUUUUACAAUGCAGCUGACAGCCUUAUACUUUAUUGAUUUUUUUCCAAGUUAAAUGUACAGGAACUGAAUAAUUACUACUGAGCUACAAGAUGUCAGAAAUACGGUAAGUGCUUUAACCAGGAGCAGUUUCCAUGGACUAAGCAGAGAUUAAGAUUUAAAAAUCUUAUCAAUACAGAUUUGCAUACCUGAUUUCUUUUGACCUGCAUUCAAAACUACAUGUUUGGUUUUUUUACCCCCUCAACUACAGUGGUCGAGUUUUGUAUGAGAAAUGGGGUAUUUACAAAGGGGUCUUUGCUCUCUGACAUGCAUCGGAGAGUGUGACGUUUGGGUCAGUGUUGCAGGGAACGCUCUGCCCUGUGCAGGCCGGGGCACUGCCUGGGGUUUGGCUAUGCGGGCACGGGAAGCAAUAUGCAUACCAAGAAAAAGAAGGGCUCCUUCAAAAGAUUACUGAUGUAUAGAAGAAAAUAUUUUGGGGGAGGGCAAAAAGAGAGCAGGUAACUGUCUCUGAAGAGGGGGAGGGAAGGUGGGUUGUUAAUGGCAGAGUCCUGGAGGGGAGGCAAACCUCUCCACAUCCUGAGCCAUCAUCCCACUGCCAGUCUCGUCAUCAACAGCCACACACCUGCACCGGUUCCUCUCCAAAGUCAUUAUUUCAAUCUGUUCAGCCCAUCAACAUCCCUAAAAAGAGAACUUUCAGAAAAGAGCAAACUCCUCUCCUUCACCCCUGAGGCUUUCCAUGCUCUUCGGCCAGCCAGCCAACAGCCAUGGGCACCAGCUGCUCCCCACCAACAGCACCAGCCCCGCUGCUGCUGUCCCAUGCCCUGAGCCCCAGCCCGCUGCUGAGGAGAGCAGUAAAUGUUAUAAGGCACCUUUUAGCUCAAUACUUAAAUACACCCAGAGCCAUGAUGAUAACCAUAGCACAGACUAACACAGAGGCCCUGGGCUCGUAACACAACAGUGCUGGAGGGCUGCAGGGCAAAAACCACAACGAGGUGUUUUAAAAUGGUCAUCGAUGGCCAAAGGAUUGCUGCCAUUUGCUUUUAGCUGGGGAAAGUGGUUUUGUACUCGACUGUCCUGCUGGGCCCAGUCUCUUCCCACUGCUGCCUUGGCAUCUGAGCUGAAAUACUGGGCAGCUGCUGCGGCUCGGGGAGCUGCUGGUGCGUGAGGAGGGGGCCAGCCCCACCACAGCCAGGAUCCUGUCCUGGGAAAACACUUCUGCAACCUCCAAGAGUGGUGUAGUUCGGCUUAGUCAUCUUCCCUCGUGUACAGCCAAAGGCAUGUCAUAAAAGAACUUACACAGGUUUGAUUCGUAAUGCAUUUUUGAGCAGGGUGUUUUCAAGGGAGGCCACAGAAAGCCAAAGCAACUGCCCACUCCACCACCCUGUCGUAGCCAGCCCCACAGAGACCCCACGGCUUCAGAGGAUGCCCCCCCAACAGCAAGAGUGAGCCUUGGUCAUGCUCAUGGGCUGGAGGCAUCAAACACCAGCCCAGGAGUAACAAACUGGGUGGGUGGGACCUGGAUCCUGCUCCAGGACCCAGCACAGCCCCAGCCAAACCCCAGCACCAAGCCUGCAGCUACAGCCACAUCCCCACAUUCCUCCCCAAAACCAGACCUGGGUUGUGCUCUCUUUUGAGUCUGGCCAAAGAGUUUUUGUAGCAUCCUGUGGCUCUCAUCUUCUUGCUGAGCCUGCAGCAGCGCAGGGCAGGACUGGCCCUGCUCCCUGCCUUCCCCUGCUGCUCAGUGCUGCAUCAACGGCUGCAAAUGGUGAGGCCUGUGGUAUUUGGGCUGUUGGGUUUGGGGUUUGUUUUUAAAUCCUGCCCUCUCCCCUCUGCAGAGCUGUUGCAGAUGGAAAAACGGCCUCUAUUGCCAGGGUGGAAGUCACUGGUGGGGCGGGAGGUUCCUAAACUAACUGGAAACUUGUGGGACUUCAUUAAAAAAAACCCCACGAACAACAAAACAAACUUUUUCGUUUCAAUGUCAAAUCCAACAGAAGCCAUUUAUAGCCACUGUCCAUCCUCCCAUUAAUGCUGCAGAUGGGGUGCCGGGGAGGGGGUGCCAGGUACACCCCACACCCUGCAGCCCCCACCAUGGUGGGGGCAUGAGGCUGUAAGACAUUUGCACAGGGACACAGAGCAUCCCACGGGGCUCAGUCUGGGACACCGGCAAAAACAAAACAAACACCCCAAAUUAAAAAAAAAAACAAAACCAAGAAGUAAUAGAAGCCUAAAUUAUGCAGGUAAGAAACGAGAGUUAAACUCUUCCAGUCCUUUCUCAUAGGAACAGGGGACGGCGGGCAGCCAGAGCCAGGCUGAAGAGCAAGCAA